AUGGAGUAUGUCAUAAUACUAUUGGAGGAUAUUAUUGCACAACUUGCCCUCAUGGCAGUGUUUGAACCAACAGAAAGGAACUAUGUCACAACAGCUAAGCAACACAGUCUUAUUUUAGGUGUUACAAUUGGAAUUGGAUGUGGUCUUGGCUCCAUAAUUUUUGUGUUAUGCGCCAUUUUAAUAGCUAGAAAAUGGAAGCAAGGCAUGCAGAAGAGAAUCCGAAGAGCAUACUUCAAGAAAAAUCAAGGUCUGUUGUUGGAGCAACUAGUAUAUGAUGAGAGCACCACAAACAAAACAAAGAUAUUCUCCUUAGAGGAACUAGAGAGCGCCACCAACUAUUUUGAUGCUACUCGUGUCCUUGGCCGUGGAGGACAUGGAACUGUCUAUAAAGCCAUUAAAGGGUCCAAAAUUGUGGAGCAAACCGAGAUAGAUCAAUUUAUCAACGAGGUUGCAAUAUUGUCUCAAAUCAUCCACCGGAAUGUGGUGAAAUUUUUUGGUUGUUGCUUGGAAACUGAGGUGCCCUUGCUCGUAUAUGAGUUCAUAUCUAGUGGCACAUUAUACAACCUUCUUCACACUAAUGAUGAUGGUAAAUGUUUGCUAUCAUGGGAUGAUCGCACUAGGAUUGCAGUAGAAUCAUCAGGGGCGCUUGCUUAUCUACACUCAGCUGCUGCAAUUCCAAUUUUUCAUAGAGAUGAGUCAUCCAAUAUACUCUUGGAUGCCACCUUCACUAUAAAGGUUUCUGAUUUUGGUGCUUCAAGAUCUGUUUCAAUCGACGAGACUCAUGUGCUGACAAUUGUCCAAAGCACAUUCGGUUACCUAGAUCUAGAAUAUUACAAUACUGGUCUACUAACUAAGAAGAGUGACGUAUAUAGUUUUGGUGUGAUUAUUGUGGAGCUCCUGACAAGAAAGAAACCAGUUUUUAAUAAUGAUUCUGGUGUGAAAGAAAGCUUGGCUCGUUACUUCAUUGAAGCACUUCAAGAAGGAGCCCUUAUGGAAAUAAUAGAUCAACAGAUUGUGGAAGAGGCAGACCAAGCAGAAAUUGAUGAUAUCACCUUACUCGCACAAGCAUGCUUGCGGACCAAAGGAGUAGAGAGACCAACUAUGAAAGAAGGAGAGAUGAAAUUGCAGCUCCUAAGGACAGGGAGGCUAAGAAAAACAUACCAGUCAACAGGAAAUAAUGGUGAGCCUGAGCAUUUGCUGUGCCAGUCACAUGCUAGAAACUCCCAUGCACAGCUCGAUCUUGGGAAUGCUACCCGUUUGCCUUGUGAUCAAGAGACCUCUCGCGGCUACAGCCUAGAGAAAGAAUUUGCAUCCUCAAUAAGUUUGCCACGCUAA